UUCUGCCCCGGGCCGAUGGCCGAGCUGGCGCUGAGCCGGGAGCUGGACGAGCGGCUGCUCCACCUCCUGGGGGCGCUGGAGGCGCUGCAGGGCAAGAGGGACGAAUUCAACAGCCGCGUGGAGCAGGGCUGGUUCUCGCUCUCUAGGUCCCGCUUCGCCAUGGGCUGCAAGUCGGUCUCUGCCCUGCAGUACGGGGCCUGCAUGGAGCCGCUGGUCCGGGUGCGCGCCAGCGAGGGGGAGAGCGGGCAGGUCGCCUUCCAGGUCAUCCCAGAAGGAUGGGACCCGUCCGCAGAGGCUGCUGAGGGGUCACCGGCCGUGGAGGAAAUCGGGCCCCAAGACCAAGUCUUGCGGCAGCGAAAGGGCCCAGGGAAAACGGAGGAUCCUGGGUCCCCCCUGGAGGCUGCCCCCGAACCUCCUGAUUCCCCGAAGGGGGCCUCAUCCCAGGACCCACUGACCUGGUUCGGGAUCCUGGUGCCCCAGAGCCUCCGGCAGGCUCAGAGCAGCUUCAAAGAGGGGAUUCUCCUGGCCGGGGAGAUCGCCAGCCUGCAGAGCGACCUCCAGGCCACGCGGGCGCAGUAUCGGGCGCUGCUGGAGAGAAGGCGCCACCUGCUGGCCACAGAGGGGUAGUGUUGCCGAUGCCCCCCUGGGGCUUUCGCACCCCCCACGCUGGGCAGGGCGUAUUGCGACCUCCGACAGCCCUGUCAAUAAACUGGGAUCGCUGCU